GGUUUGAGUGGGUAAAAUACUGAUGUAUGUGGUGGGCUGUGACAGAUAAACAAUGAAUGUCUUUUAGCAGAUUUUUUUUUUUUUUUGGCGUCAACUUGAUAGUGAAGCUAAUUAGUCAGUCAGUAUUCCUCCAAACUGUCAAUUGUCACAUUGACAGACAUAUCUACCUUGAACUAUACCUUGUAUUUCUAUCGUGUUCUUCUUUAUCUCAUCUAUUUUUGGCUGAGCUGAUAAAGAUUUAGACAGAGCAGAGUUGGCACAUGAAAGAAUGACAGAAUGAACAUCUGAGGGGAUUAGCCAGCACGGACGACAUUAAAAAGGGACAGUUGGACAGCGAGAGGAAGACCACGAGAGAGAAACCUCCCAGCUCAUCAGACACUUUGAAGCCUUUACAGAAGUAACUGAACAAAAUGUCAGACGCAGCUGUUGCAACUCCCGCCGACAAGAAGGCACCUCCUAAAUUCAAGCAGAGGGCUGCUCGCACAUUCAAGAGCAAGGCCCCUAAACCAGGCCAGAAGGGAUUCGGAGACGACAUCCCCGGCAUGGAGGGUCUCGGCACAGACAUCACAGUGGUGUGCCCAUGGGAAGCCUUCGGGGACAUGGAGCUCAGCGACCUGGCGAAAUACGGAAUUCUUUAGACCUCUUUCCUCUGCCUUUACCCCUACUGCCAUUAUUGUCCCUCAUGUGUUCCUACUGUUGAAAAGCAGCUGAAAAUCUACAACUUGUGUGCUCUGGAGAGAAGGCAGCCUUUGAUGAUUUAGAGGUCUGACCUGGAAAAUAAAAUCCAGAUCUCUCAUUUGUCUCGUGCACUUUAUUUGCCCCCUGCCUUUCUACCAAUUCUCCCUCGUCCUUUUCUACUUUUCUUCACCCUGCCGUCGCUUUUUUUCUCUGAAACUCUCCUUUGCAUUUCUUGCCUCUCUUAUGAAGUGGUGUCAGCAGCUCUGGACCUGAGAUUGUACUUUCCACAGUGGAAAAAAGGAGUAUAUAUUUUGUAAAUAUGUGAGAGGGUUUGAUAUCUGUUACUGUGAUAUCCUGGUGCUGCUCUGCUCUUCUCCUGUCCCCUCCUCUUCUCCUCAAAGCUGCUGACUCAGCAUGCACAGAUGUCUAUUUUGUGUAAUUAGCAAAUCAAAUUUUAUUUUCAUGUGAAAGUCUAAAUGAACUU